CUCAACCAAUCAUACAGGCGGAGCGGGCAGACGGGAUGACGUCAGCUUGGUCUACAUAUAGCAGCGGCGGCGGAGCAGCGCAACAUCCACUGGGAAGCGACGACGCAUCAGGAUGCCUGAACCAGCCAAGUCAGCGCCCAAGAAGGGCUCCAAGAAAGCCGUGAGCAAGACCGCCGGCAAGGGCGGCAAGAAGCGCAGAAAGACCAGGAAGGAGAGCUACGCCAUCUACGUGUACAAGGUGCUCAAGCAGGUGCACCCCGACACCGGCAUCUCCUCCAAGGCCAUGGGCAUCAUGAACUCCUUCGUCAACGACAUCUUCGAGCGCAUCGCCGGCGAGGCGUCCCGCCUGGCUCACUACAACAAGCGCUCCACCAUCACCUCCAGGGAGAUCCAGACCGCCGUCCGCCUGCUGCUGCCCGGGGAGCUGGCCAAGCACGCCGUGUCCGAGGGCACCAAGGCCGUCACCAAGUACACCAGCUCCAAGUGAGCCAGCCCGCCCCAACAACAACCAAAGGCUCUUCUAAGAGCCACCCACCUCUUCCGGAAGAGCACAUCUCUUAUUUCAUUAAUCAAUUCAAAGUUAAUACAUGAAUUAUUUUUAAGCUAUGAUAGAAAUUAUAAUUUUCAAUUUCUACUUUAACCUACUUGUGUUUAUGUGUUUAACUUAGCCUAUAUAUAAGUAUUCCAAAAUAUUUCAUCUGUUUUAAACUUAACAAGUGGACAGCAAUUUCACAGUAAGUCUAUUAUUCAACUAUGAAGGCUUCAACUGACAAUACUGACAGUUGCCAGAUUCUAAAAAUUAAAUUAAAAUAGCCUACAUAAACAUGCCUGAAAACAUAUGAGCAUUAUGCCGAUGCUUGUCAAUAUAUCUGAAUCCUCCUUCAUUCCAUAUCUAUUUAGUCCGACCACAGGAUUUUUAAUAAUUGAGAUUAGAGGGAACUAACAUACUAAUAAUAGCCUAUACUAACUAACUAACUAACUAAUAUUUCCAUCUCUGUAAAUAAAUUAGUAUUUUUGGAGAUGUAAUGACCGCCAUGAAGCAGCUAACAAAAACAGCAAAAUCCAACAAAAACAAAACAGACUGUGGAGGCAGAAAAAUUAACGUUCACCAUUUCAGAUCACAUUCCAAAAAUAACGAAGAUCCAACCUAAAGAAAGCCUAAUUAUAUGUUUUAAUUACGUUUUAUCCUCUUUCUGUUUUUAUCAUUUUAAUGUAGCUAUUUUUCCUUUCUUCUUAGUAUUGAUGUUUUUGUUGUUUCCAAGUUUAUUCAAUCAUUUGUGUCAAUGUAUUCAUUUCAUCUGCACAAGAAAAAAAGAAAACUGCAAUGUACCUGAAUUAGGAAUUUUUCA